AUGUCAUCCACAAAUCGGAACCAAGUGACUGAGUUCGUUUUCUCGGGAUUUACAGACCAUCCAAAACUUCAAGUUAUCCUUUUUCUCAUGUUUCUGGUAAUUUACAUUGUUACUCUGGGAUCAAAUCUGGGGAUAAUCUGGUUAAUCAGGAUGGACUCCCAGCUCCAAAGUCCAAUGUACUUCUUCCUCAGCCACUUGGCUUUUGUCGAUGCUGGUUACUCUUCAACUGUUACUCCCAAAGCCAUGGUGGACUUUUUAGCUGAGAAAAAAACAAUUUCCAUUGCCGGAUGUGCUGUUCAAUUUUAUAUGUUUGAUGGUUUUGUAAUGACUGAAUUAUUUUUACUGUCUGUCAUGGCAUAUGAUCGGUAUGUGGCCAUCUGUGACCCACUGCUUUAUUCUGUAGUUAUGUCUAAGAAACUAUGUACUGUAUUAGUGGGUACUGUCUAUAUUUAUGGCUUUGUGAGUUCAGUGGUUCAAACUGUAUUAACUUUUCAGCUGUCCUUCUGUGGAUCAAAUGUCAUCAAUCAUUUCUACUGCAAUGACCCACCCCUUCUUGCUCUGUCUUGUUCUGAUACCCAGCCUAAAGAAAUACAGCUUUUAGUCUUAUCUGGCAUAAACCUAACCAGCUCCCUUCUAAUAAUCAUUGUCUCCUAUAUCUACAUUGUGUCCACUAUCUUUGGGAAACAUUCCGUGAAUGGGAGACACAAAGCCUUCUCAACGUGUGCUUCCCACUUGACAGCAGUUGUCAUUUUCUAUAGCACCCUUUUCUUCAUGUACUUACAACCAAGCUCUGCUCAUUCAUUGAAUUUUGACAAAAUUGUGUCAGUUUUUUAUGCAGUUGUGAUUCCCAUGUUGAACCCCCUUAUCUAUAGCUUAAGAAACAAAGAAGUGAAGGGGGCACUGAGACGACUGAUGAGAAGGAAACUCUUCUCAUAA